AUGCGGAAAACCUUUAAUAAGACACUUAUCGGGUCUCUAAAGUCUAUCGGUGGACAUAAUACGGAUUAUCUGUUAGAAGUAGAUCCGCAUAAUUCAAGUCAAAUAUUUAGCAGACAAAUACUGAACAAAUACCGAUCAGAAGAAAACAGUUCUUUGUUUGUCAGCAAUGGAUGGAAAAGACAGAUCAAGUACUUAGAGUUAUCUGUUUUUGUUGACAACAAAGCGUAUGAAAAUUUAUUAUCUCAUGAUUUAAUUAAAAGUGAAGACAAAUUUCAUGAAUUAAUACUUUCAUAUAUAAGUCAAAUACAAGCCAUUUAUUCUCAUAAGUCAUUUGCACCAAAAUUUGUCAUAAAUUUAGUCAAAAUUGAAAUACAAAAAGAAAACAUUUUUUCUGAAACCGAUGGAAAUAGAGAUAAACUGUUAAAAAAGUUCUGCAAAUAUCAGGAACUGUUAAAUACUGAAUCAGAUUCCGAUCCCAAGCACUGGGAUAUGGCUUUACUAUUAACAGGAUAUGAUUUAUAUGUGAUUAGAGACCAUGAAAUUAAAGAUUAUAACUCUCUUGGAUUGGCAUCAGUGUCUGGCAUAUGUACUCUCGACAGAAAUUGUGUAAUCAGUGAAUUUAGUCCAUCGCUUGACAUUUCAGCCCCGAUUUGGCCCUCUUCUGGUCUCAUGUCAACCUGGGCUGCGGCUCAUGAAAUGGCACACAAUUUAGGAAUAUUACACGAUGGCUGGCCAUUCAAUAUUGAGUGUCCACCAAAUGGUUUCAUAAUGUCCAGCAGUCGUGGUACUCGAGGAGAAACCAAUUGGUCCAAGUGUUCGGCUGUAAACUUUCAACAGACAUCUACUGAAUGUUUAGACGAUAAACCAGAAAAUGUUAGUGAAGUUUACAAUUAUAAUAAAUAUGACUUAAGACCGGGAACUGUAUGGGACGCAGACAAACAAUGCCAACUGUUUCUUAGAGAUAACAAAGCCUAUCAAUUUCCAAAAACCGACGCUAGAAUAUGCAAUGAAACCAUACACUGUUCAACUCCUAAAAGAACCGGAUCUUAUUCAUCUGGACCAGCACUGGAGGGAACCAAUUGUGGUGAUAAUAGUUGGUGUGUAGACGGCAAUUUUAAUCUCUGA